AUGUCUUUCCCUAAUAUAGAGAAGGAAAAUGUUGUGAAUGAUGUUCAUUCUGUCUCAUCAGAUGAUACUAAAAAGGAUAACAGAUUGAAAGUUGGUGAUAUUGUACUUCAUGAUGAUGAUGUACCAUAUAUCGAUCUAACAAUUGAAAUGACCGAUGAGGAAAUUGCUAAAAGGAAAACUUGGUGGUAUAAAUUAAGUUUAUUCUUAUGGGAUUCUGUUGAUAAACAUCCUUCAGAAAGAUCUUUCCUAUUUAAAUUGGAUUUUUUCUUACUAUCCUCAUCAAUGUUGGGUUAUUUUAUCAAGAAUUUGAACCAAAAUAACGUGGGGACUGCUUAUGUCAACGGUAUGAAAGAAUAUUAUCAUAUGAAUGGUAAUCAAUAUAAUUAUAUGUCAACUUUAUGGACCGUGGGGUAUAUCAUUGGUCAAAUUCCUUCGAAUUUAAUCUUACAUAGAAUCUCUGCCAGAUACUAUUUAGCAGGUCUAGAAUUAUCAUGGGCAAUUUUAACUGUGUUUCUGAUCAUUCCAAAAUCAUUGAAUGGGAUAUAUGCAAUUAGAUUUUUCAUUGGAUUGUUAGAAUCUGGUUAUUUCCCUGGUUUGGAAUAUUUAUUAGGCUCUUGGUAUUCAAGAAAAGAAUUAACUAAAAGAUCUACAUUCUUUGCAUGUGCUGGUACAGCUGCUGGGUUGAUUAGUGGUCCUUUACAACAAAGUAUUUUGAGUUCUAAAUGGGCACAAAAGGGUCUUGAACCUUUUCAAUGGAUGUUUGUUAUCGAUGCUGUGAUUUCCGCUCCAAUUGCAUUCUAUACCCUAUUCACAGAUCCAAAUACCCCUUCAACAACAACAGCUUUUUAUUUCACUGAUACCGAUAAAAAGAUUGCCUUGGAAAGAAGAAGAAGAAUUGGUGCUCAGUUAAAUACAAGAGAAAAAUACUCUUGGAAGAAAAUUAAAUCAUUUUUCAACACAUGGCAUAUUUGGAUCUUACCUUUAUUAUUCUUAGCUUUCAAUAAUUCUUAUACACCAAUAGGUCAACAAGCGUUCCAAUUAUGGAUGAAAAAUGAUUUGAAAUUAUCAUCUUAUGAUUAUAAUACUUAUCCAACAGCUAUAUCAGGUGGUGGUAUCGGUCUUGCAGUCUUUGUUGCUUAUGUAAAUGAUUAUUUCCGUGGUCGUUUAAAUCCAGUAUUUUUGUUAUUAAUGUUUGGUAUUGUCGCAUUUUCAUGUGCUUGUUUAUCAGUAUGGAAUAUCCCAACUGGAUUACAUUGGUUCACUUACUUCGGUAUUGGUAUCCCAUUAAGUGUUGGUCAGCCUAUGAUUUUUUCUUGGGUUAAUAGAAUGCUUGCUCAUGAUGACAUGAAAAGAAAUUUUGUUGUUGUUUGUACAAAUACACUUGCUUAUGUUACAGGUGCUUGGGUUCCUAUCUUAACCUUUAAUCAAACUCAACAGCCAAAAUUCUUUAUUGGGUUCACUUAUACUGCUUGUUUAUCAUCCUUUGGUUUGAUUUUAACGGUGAUAACAUUCUAUCUGAGUGUGAGAGAUGACAGAAGACAAAUAAAGGAGUUUAAAGAAAAAAACGAAGACGUUCCUGUUUAUGGCUAG